AUGAUUGUUGUCGGGGUAACCACUCUCUCCAUAGAUAAUGCAACACAUGCCCUCAUAUUUGAGAUCAACAACGCCCUCAUCCUAGACUCACUCAUAAAGUGUCGCCCUCGCAACAUGAAGGAUCUCCAAGAACAAGUUUCUAAGUACAUCACCCUUGACGAGACUCUGCAAGAGGCAACCCCAAACAAGAGAGGUCGAUCGCCUCCACCUAAGAGGAAGCGUGAUUCCCCACCUCAAAGAAGGGCAGACUCACCCCGGGCCUAUGGGCGCCCACAUGGUCGUUCGCCGCCCGCCUUUAAAAAGACUGGUUGUCGUGAUGCUCGUCGGGACGGUAUUGAACCCAAGGCGGAACGCCCUUUCACUCUCCUCACGGAACCAUUCAGAACCAUUUUGCAAAUCAUUCAAGAGAAGAAAAUCCUGAUUGUGUGGCUAGCUCCAAUGACUAAGGAACCACGAAAGGGGAAGAACAAGUAUUAG